CGAAGCCCAUUUGCUCUGCGGGCUUGGCAGGCGCCGGAGCGCAGCGCGCGAGCCCGUCGGCCCUCUUCCCCCUCCCCUCGCCUGGCCUCGCUCGCUUCCAGCCUCCCCUCGACGCCGCCGCCGCCGCCGCCGCCAUGUCGCCGGUGCGGGCGGUGCUGGCGCUGCUGGCCGCGCUCUCGGCCCCGGCGGCCGGCUACUUCGUCAGCAUCGACGCGCACGCCGAGGAGUGUUUCCUGGAGCGGGUCCCGUCCGGCACCAAGAUGGGCCUCAUCUUCGAAGUGGCCGAGGGAGGCUUCCUCGACAUCGACGUGGAGAUAAUGGGGCCUGAUAACAAAGUCAUCUACAAAGGAGACAGAGAGUCCAAUGGGAAAUACACCUUUGCUGCUCACAUGGAUGGAACAUACAAGUUUUGCUUCAGCAACAAAAUGUCCACCAUGACUCCAAAGAUAGUGAUGUUCACUAUUGACAUUGGUGAAGCUCCAAAGGGGCAAGAUAUGGAGACAGAAGGUGGUGGAGAUAACUGGGAUGCUCAUCAGAACAAGCUAGAAGAGAUGAUUAAUGAAUUAGCGGUGGCCAUGACCGCUGUCAAGCAUGAACAGGAAUACAUGGAAGUCCGUGAAAGGAUACACCGAGCAAUUAACGACAACACAAAUAGCAGAGUGGUCCUCUGGUCAUUCUUUGAAGCUCUUGUACUAGUUGCCAUGACACUGGGACAAAUCUACUAUCUGAAGAGGUUUUUUGAAGUCCGGAGAGUUGUUUAAUCAAACUUUCCCCCCUUGGCCUCUCUCUCCAGUGAUCCCAGAUUCUCCAUUCACUUCUACAAAACAACUUGGUCACAAAAUUCACUUAGUUUUCUUUAUCCCUAUGUUCUGAACUAUAAAACUUGUGUUUUCAGUUUUCUUCUUAGCUUAAUUUUAUAUAUCUAUGUAUCUAUAGAUACCCUCUCUAGGGAAACAUGAGCUGAGAGUCGUACAUUGAAAUUGGUAAACUUUGUUUCUCACAAGCCAAAGUGAGUUCAACGAAAUUGCAAAAGUUUGUUUUUAAACCAGCGCUAUUGAUCAAGUGAAAAUUUUCCUUGAUUGUUUUCUGUCUCCCUUUUUUUUGGUAAUAGAAUACUGUUUUCGUGUAAGGGAAAUGGCACAAGGUCCUAAAACACCUUUUAAAUGCCUGUGGGGGAGACACUUUUUAAUUUGAUCAGAGGAUUUCCUCUCCGCUUUACCCAGGGGUGGAAUUGUGGCAUGCGGACAAGCCUGGCAGUACUGUCAAGAAAGCAUGCCAAGAAAGAAAUGGGCAUGUUGGUGUUCAAACAUACUGAAACCAGUGGAUCGCCCUACUAAGGAGUGCUUAGGUGGCUUCUGUAAAGUCUCCUGUACUCCUUCUGUAAUUACACUGGCUUGGUCCUGAGGUUCUUAAUUAAAGAUAUGAAAAUACAACACAGUUCUUGCCAGUUAACCAUGUGUUCUUGUGUGCAAAUUUAUGAACAGGCAGCCAUUUAGGGGGGACUUAGCUACAUCUUUUCCUUUUUGCUUACAAUCCAAAGCUGCUCCUGUGUUUGGCACUGUUGUAGAACUAGUAUUCAGGAUGUUGGUUCCUGAUGCCAAAGGGUUUUAACAGUGGUGAUGGGCGGGCUGGGAGGCGGUGGAAGGGAGGUUAUUACCGUGCUACACAUCCGAUACAUGAAAGAAGAAGCGGCUAUGCUGCUGUGUGGUCACAACACCACUCGGAUUGCAAUCCCCUUUCCUAUAACGAAGACUCCUGUGCCUUUUAUGUAGCGGGGAGAAAUGAAACGGGUGCGGUUUCCCUCCUGCAAGUGCAUCUUCCCAAGAGGCUUUUGGGCAUUUAAUAGCAGCACAUAGAAAUUUAGCAGGUGCAGCUCCUGUUAACUGCAGCUCCAUGAUAAAGUGUACCUGUUGAGGUUUUCCUUUUUUGCACUGCUGUUAAAGGAACAGGGGCCUCACUCAGGAAAGGAGUUGGCACUCCCAGUUAGGCUGUAUUGAAAUCAUUUUGUUCAUUUUCCUCUCUUUUAAACACACACCAACUUCAGUUUUUGUACCAGCUAUUUUUCUUCUUGCUGUCUGGAUGAUGGGUUUAAAAAUCACCAUGUCUGUCUCUGGGAGCGGGGUGCUGAUCCAAGAUUAUGUUGUGGCUGAUGUAUAUUGAACUGAUGUAUAUUGGUUGUAAUUUUGGGGGUGGGUGGGGUUGGGUUCUUUUCAAGAGUGGGGGAAGCAUUCUAUCGGUAAUGCAUAAGAGUUUUGUACCAAAUUUAAUUUAAUUAAAAUUUGUUACAAGUUUUCAUGGUUCAAGUAAAUCUUUUCAGCCUCAGCUAGACACUUAGCAGCUGUCCUUCAAAGGGGUGGCUCUCCCCCCCCCCCAGUGCAGCUGUCAUAUGCCAACCCUUGUGUGAGACAAGUUGCAUUCUAAUGAGAAGAUGUACAUUUAAAAGUUCUUGAUAUAUGGCCAGAUUCGAUAAAUAAAACACCUUCUUUAAAAAAACAAA